AUGGCUGCCGCUGUAGCCAGUCCCUUCUCAAAUGGCAUCCAUAGAUCAAAGGAAACGACCUAUUAUCAAUCCUCCUCUGUUCAGGAGCGAAAGAAAACAGUGAAUGGUGGUCCUAGACCUAGGGAUCUCUCCGGGUGGACACUAUCUGGUGACAAAGCCAGAACACCAACUGCGAGCGGUUCUGCAAAGAUGGCAGAAACCGUGAGUCUGCUCAAGAGCCGUUGUGCGGAAGAGUUGGGCGCUGCCAUCUCCAACAAUAUUGUCAGUUCUCAUACACGACUCAUGGAAAAGAUCAGCCAGGAGCGUCUGCGAGCACUGCCAACUGAAGGCAGUGCUUGGGAUAAGGUGUUGGCCUGGGCUCAAUCCUUUGCUGAAAAGUUCAACGACUUCGACCAUGCCAUUGAACAGUUCACCGGCGGAAAUUAUGACGGUGCAGAAAUUGCUUUUGGCUAUUGUAUCUUGCUUCUCGACCUUGGCGACGAGAAUGCAGCGGCGCUUCAGGCUUCGUUCGGAUUCUUUUUCAAGUGCUCGCUGGAUCUCAUUGCAAUUCUGGACCGUGUGGAGCUCUUCAGUGCUUCUUUUGAUAUCAACGAGCAACUUGUUCUAGCCUAUGCUGAUCUUGUUACCCUCGUCUCGGACAUCGCUCUCCGAUUCUACCAGGCGAUCCGGGCUCCCAGUACUUCUGGUGUUUCGAUAGAUAUUUACGCCGUCUUUGCUGACACAAUAGAGAGCUUCCAAACCAGGAGGGACAAGAUUAUCGAGUCAAUGUGGAAAUAUCAGCUCUCCCAGUCGAAUGUUGAACUUGACUCCAUGCCGUCCAUCAAAACCCUGAGGUCAUGGCUUGCGGUCGAGGAUAGUGUCCUCAGAUAUAAAUCGGGUGACCAUACCACGCUUGUCAAUGAUCGACAGCAACUGACUUGUCUCUGGGUGCAACCGUAUCUCACUCGAUUCCUCAAUAGUGGACGAGAUGUACUUGCUAUUACUGGCUCUGCGGGCUCUGGCAAGACCGUUCUCGCCGGUACAAUCGUGGACACUGUGCAACGCAAUACUGCGAGGAAGUCAUACAGUGUCCUGUUCGUUCCCAUCAACGCUAGAGCGAAGUCGCAGGCAACAGGUCUGCAUGUCAUUCGUAGCCUUCUUUCUCAACUAUUUGAAAGUCGAGUUGGCAACGUCCAACUUUAUAAGAUCCUUUCCGAGACCUUUGAAGCGUCUUACAAGGCUUCCGAUGUGGAAAGUUAUGAAUCGCUUCUCUGGAAGGUGUUUGAAAGAGCCAUCGAAUCGACUUUGCCACAAGCUAAGGACACCCUAAUCAUUGUGGAUGGAAUUGAUGAGGUUUCGACUGAUCCAAAGGAAGCACAGAAUUUGCACAAACACUUGGUUGUUGCAUCAUCCAAACACGAGAAGGUUAAACUGAUCACUCUCUCACAACCAUCUUCGCUUGCUCCUAAGACGGCUGCUGAUGUACAAAUCACUUCUGAUCUUGUCUAUGAUGAUGUCUUCGCGGUGGUAUCUACACUUGUUCAAGACCACCACUAUCUACAACAAUUGUCUCGUAUCGAACAAGAGAUGAUCAUAGACCAGAUUGUUGAGAGCUCGAAAAGCAAUUUUCUCUGGUCUAAACUCGUGGCCAAAAUCUUGCUUAAGGAACCGUCUUUGGACAAGUUCCGUGAAGCUACAGCUGCGAUGAAGAAAAAUCCUAAGCCAAUUCAGGAUGUGAUUCGUGAUCAUCUCUCCUCCGCCAAUCUAUCCGAAGAGGGAAAGCGACUCUUGACCUGGCUUACCAUCUCGAAGCGUCCUCUGAGUGUUGAAGAACUGUCUCUCCUUCAUGGCAUUGACCCAAAGACAGGCUCCCUGAGCGGAAAUCGUAUUGACCCGCUUCAACUCUUGAAGCCUGUUGCCGCUCUCAUCUUCCUGCAAGAUGGUUUACUCUACCUCCGCCAUGCCUCCAUUCGCUCCCCACUUCUGUCCCACUUUGAGCAUAAUAGGCAGCAAACCUCCAUAAAGGAUUCUUCUCUAGAUCUCGUGCGCCGACUUUUGGUUUACCUCAGGGUCACCAUCAAAGAUCAAAAGGACCCAUCCUUCUCCCCUUUGACAUCCUCUCAAGCUGAUCAGAUCUUCAACCAACACUCCCUUGCAGAGUAUGCCAUUAGAUACUGGGUAAGCCAUUAUCUAGAGCUCCCAAACACUGCAAAAGAGUUUUCACAGGAAACACUGAAAGAGUUCAAUUCGAUCUUGCCAACCUCCCCAACAGUAUCGCUCCUAGAAAAGUUGGCGUGGAAGUGGCAGCCCGCUUCCAUACAGAUCUCAUGGCAUAGCACCUCACUCGACAUGUAUCGAAAGGUUUUCAACCACAACCAUCCAACAAUACUUCAGUCCACAAUUGUCCUGGCGAUCAUCUUCCAGACAGUGGGAAACACGCAGGAGGCAGCCAAACACUCGUAUCUUGCAACGCAGCUCAGUGUCACAAUUUUCUCUAUCACACACCCUCUGACCAUUCAAUGUGCAAAUAAGUUCUUAGACGUUACUAGCAUUCUAAAUUUUAGUACACGAUCUGAGACAGCAACGUACUUCGAAGAGGUCUUGACGAUCUUGAUUCAGAGCUAUACGAAGCAAUAUGGUGCUACCUCCGAAAUGGUGACACAAUAUCAGUAUCGGCUUGUUGAACUAUAUCGUUCUCUGAAAGAGGAGACAAAGGUCAUGGAACUGGAGCAGUCACUGCGUGGGCGUAGUUCACAAGGAGGACAAGAGGAACUCACUAGAAGAAAGACUGGCUCACUCGAUGUGCGCCUUAUGUUCCGCCAAGGAAAGGAAAGCAGCUACAAAAUGUGGAAUUGGGACGCUGAGAAUGAUUACGACGUCUCGUUUAAGUCGGAGACCCGCAAGAGCGUUACUGAACUCCUGGAACUAGCCCAAGCUUUCAUUUCCAAAGGUUCCACAGCCAAAGCUGAACAGUGCUAUGUUGAAGCUUGGUACUAUACAUCAUUACAACAAAGAACCAGUCAGUCACUAGAGAUUGAUGUGACCAGGAUCAAGCUCGUACUGACCUAUUCCCAAUUCUUGAGGUCUAUCAAGCGUGAAAGCGAGGCAACUGCAUUGCUGACUGGCAUCUGGGAGGAGUACAAAUCUUCCUCCGUUGCACUUUCAGAGCAUAUCAGCUCCCAUUUAUUCGAAAUUGGUCAAACAUUGCAGACGAUAGGAGCUGCCUCUGUUGCAAUUGAGAUCUUCAAGCAUCACUCUUCUGUCAUACGAUCUCACCACAGUAAAGAGAGUUCUGCCGUCGCCAAAGUCGAAGAGUGCCUGCAAGUGACACAAAGAGAACUCUUGAAACAAGUAUCCUCGUCAUCAGGUUCAGCCAGCCAUGUUUCACAGGAGGAAAUUGUAGAAAUCAUCACCAGCUUUCAGUCUUCCAAAUCAUCCCAGCUCGACAUAACUUCAACUUCUGCCGUCAAGCAAGUGGUGACUACCUACAUCGCGCAGAGACGCUGGAAGGAGGCUACCGUGGUCAUCAAACAGACACUGCGGGUGAUCUGGACAGGUUUCUUCGCAGCUUCGAUCGAGGAUGUAAAUUCCCCAGUUAGCAAUGCUGAAUUUGCUGUCGAACUUGCUGAUCAUCUCAUCACUGUUUAUGAAUCACGACUUCGCAUCUUGAAAGCCCAGGACUUGAGAGAGCGACUGUAUCGUGCUGUCAAGUCUACACGAAAGAUCGAAGAUCAUGUCGUCAAACACAAUCUCUCAGAGCUUCUCAGGUUGUAUGAGAAGACAAGGUCACGUGAUAGAACUAUCCAACUGUAUCGUGAUCUCCUUGAAGACUACAAGAAAGCUUAUGGAUCGUGCCAUCAAGAGACGCUCAAAAUACUCUGGAAACUCGCUCAUUUGAGCAGUCCAGAUCCAAUCUCCAUCGAUUACUAUCGGGAGAUUGUGGAGCUGUUAAGCAAAGAUUCUAAGGUUUGCCAUUCGGAUGCCAUUGAAGCCUUGGACAUCAUCUCCAGCCAUUACUGGAACGAGCGUCGCUACCGAGACGCAACCUGGGCUUACGGGCUUCUUUUUGCAACAUUUGUUCACAAGGGCAAAGAUCUCAAGCAGUUCAAGUCUACGACAUUCACCUCUACUGUUUAUACCAGAUACGUGGAAAGUCUAAAGGUUUCAAGUUUCAAGACCACUACUAUCUACGAGAUCACCAAACAAUAUGAAGAAACAUGCAUCACGGCAUUUGGCAUAGACAGCAACAUUAGUCACGAGGCAAUGCUCAGCCUAGCGAGGUUGUGCCAAUCGACCAAGCUCCACCAGGCUGAAGCGAUCUCGCUUUACGAGUCUCUCUUGAAAGAUAGUAAGGCUAUCGAGUAUCACUCGGAGUGUAAGGAGACUUUGAACGCCUUUUACGAGGAGAGAUCCCUUGAGGCCGCAAGAAACACUACUGUAUCUGCAUCUAGUGAACAAAUCGAUCACGCCGUUACCAUCAUCCGAAAGCGGAUGACUGAGAAUCGAAGUCAGUAUGGGUGGACACAUGAAGAGUCUCUGGAGCAGUUGAAGGAGAUCUCCUAUCUCUAUGCCAAGAGCUCCAAAAAGGAGGAAGCCAUCAAAGAGAUUACCGAAGCCACGAGUCACGUCGUCACUAGCGAGAAGAGUUCCAUCCUGCUAGUCAAGAGUGCACGUGCAAUCGCAUCUUCAUAUAUUGCAGUUGGUGAAACCCAUCGUGGACUGGAGAUGACUGAGGAACUACGCUGGCAGUUGAUCACGAAGGACUCUAGCAAUUCGAAGAAGUACAACAUCAAUAUCACCACUACUGACCGCUCUGUGGCCAUCUUCAUUGCGCAGUUGGCAUACAGUCUACGACAGGAUUCACUUGUUACUUUCAACGAGAUAUACUUGUCGAUCAUCACAGAAAUUGUGUACUAUGAAGACUUUCAGCGGUCGAUUCGAACUAAUGCUUCGGUCACGGAGGUCUUCUCGAUCGCCGCUCGACUGCAUUCUUUCUUGUGCCUUCACAAGCGCACCGUAACUCUAGUUCAUGUUGAAAAUGAGCUAGCCAGUUUCUUCUUACGCACAUCGGGCGACAAAGCCAAAGUUGGAGAUAUCGCUCAAGUCAAAAUCCUUGUCACGACCAUGCUUGAAUACCUCCACAGUCGUCAGAUCAAGAACUUCCUACACUCUGUCAAUCUCGCAAGCAUUGAACGUGUUCGCCACUUGCUGACGAAAGGACAGCAAAAGCAGGCUUGCGAUCUGUCGCAGACUGCCUUCCGCUAUUCUCAUGCUAACAGCUGGUAUAUCACCCCUGAUGCCAUCAAGCAUGGCUUAACCCUAGCUAUCCUUAUCGCCGACCUGGGUAAAUCGGGUCCGACACGCAAGGCUCAACUCGAGAUUGCUAGCAGCAUCGCCCGCCCUAUGCUGAAGGCAGCUCAUCAACAUAGCCUGAACCUUGCCUCGGUCCCUUUGCAAGAAAUCAACAGCAUAGUCCGUAUCCUUGGAGAUUCAAAAGAUUUUGAGACGCUUGAGUGGCUCCUCACCGCUCUAUGGGAUGCUCGUGAGACACAUCGCGCCUGGCGACCAGCCGUGGUUCUCAACUUGGGCAAGCGCCUGGCGAUUGCACGCUUCUUGCUCAACAAGCAGGACUUGGCUUUGAAUCUCGCCGCCGACAUCGCGUACAACCUGCGUCGAGUCUACGGCUCCGCCCACCUUGCUACUCUGGAAAUGAAUGUCUUCCUCAGUCAACUGUACGUCAGCACCGGCUUAUCACUACAAUCGACCAAGGGUGCUGGAGACCUUGCACGCCGCUAUUAUAAGCGAGCAAUUGGGGUACAUGAGAAUGUUCUGCGGUCACUCACACUUGAUCCUCUGGGCUUGAAUGAAGAUGACGAUGUCACUGUCCUGUCUUCGGAUCCCGAACCACUUGAUAUCUCGGGUGUUAUAAGCAAGGAUGCCACCCAGGGCACGUAUGCUAGGCGCCAUCUGACCCUGUUGCGCGCUGCGCUCGAACGCUUUGGUGACUAUCCCAAACCAUAUGCCGAGUACGAACAAAUGAAUGCAGAUGUGUUCCAUACUUUUGCUGAAGACUUGAGGGGAGUAGAAGGUGUGGAGAAAUGGAAUGUCAAGAAAUUUGGAAACGGCAAGGCUGGGAAUGAGGAAGGUGCCUUGGACGUCAAUAUCAAGGAUUGGGCUUUGCUCGAUGUACAUGAACAUACCAAUGGAACCAAUGGCCACUUGAAUGGGGUUGAUUGA